AUGGGUAUCAAGGGCCUCACCGCACUCCUCUCGGAGCAUGCACCUAAAUCUAUGCGUGAUCAUGAGAUGAAGACGCUCUUCGGUCGCAAAGUCGCCAUCGACGCGUCGAUGUCGAUCUACCAGUUCCUCAUCGCUGUGCGCCAGCAAGAUGGCCAGAUGCUAAUGAACGACAAUGGAGAAGUGACAAGUCAUCUCAUGGGCUUCUUCUAUCGAACGAUCCGCAUGGUUGAUCAUGGUAUCAAGCCGUGCUAUGUGUUCGAUGGAAAACCACCUGAUCUCAAGUCGGGUGUGUUGAAACAGCGCUUCGGUCGCCGCGAGGAGGCUAAAGAGGCUGAGGAGGAGGCUAAGGAGGUCGGCACGGCCGAGGACGUUGACCGCUUCAGCCGCCGUCAGGUGCGCGUCACCAAGGAACAUAAUGACGAGUGCAAGCGUCUGCUCGCGCUCAUGGGCAUCCCGUGUGUCACUGCCCCCGGUGAGGCUGAGGCACAGUGUGCCGAGCUCGCCCGAGCAGGGAAGGUGUUCGCCGCAGGGUCUGAAGACAUGGACACGCUCACGUUCCACACGCCCAUACUCCUCCGCCACCUCACCUUCUCCGAGGCAAAGAAGAUGCCCAUCUCAGAGGUCAACCUCAAGGAAGCACUCACGGGCCUCGGGAUGAAUAUGGACCAGUUUAUCGAGCUGUGCAUUCUGCUGGGCUGCGACUACCUUGAGCCGGUCAAGGGCGUCGGGCCCAAAACGGCUUUCAAGCUGAUGAAGGAGCACGGCUCGCUCGCCGAGGUUGUCGGCUUCAUCCAGGGCAAGAUGGCGGAGAAGGCGGCCGAGAAUGCGGUGAUCGAGAGCGAGAGCGAACCUGAGUCAGAAGAAGGCGGCGACAUGAUUGUCAAUUCGGAUGGGGAGGAGGUCCCCGCCUCUCCGAAGAAGAAGAAGAGCAAGCCGAAGAAGAAGAAGAAGACCGGGGCAGGCAUGCAGAUCCCCGAGCAUUGGCCGUGGGAGGACGCCAAACAACUCUUCCUACAGCCCGACGUCAUCAAGGGUGAUGACCUGGAUCUCGACUGGAAGCAGCCGGACGUUGAGGGACUCGUCGAGUUCCUUGUGCGCGAAAAGGGGUUCAAGGAGGACCGCGUGCGGAACGGCGCAGCCAAACUUACCAAGAUGCUGGCUGCGAAGCAACAGGGGCGACUCGAUGGGUUCUUCACUGUCAAGCCGAAGGCACAGGAUAACAAGAAGGAUGGUGCGGCGGGGAAUAAGCGCAAGGCCGACGACAAGAAGAAGCCGGCUGCGAAGAAGCGCAAGUAG